AUGGCCUCCGCAGAACUGAGGUUACCACAGACCAAGGGUGUCGGGACAACCACAAUGAAGACUUUUGCUGUUCUACUCGCCGCCCUCAUCGCUACUCUCCCCGCAGCCUGUGCCGUGGCAGAGCAGAAAUGUCACAGGAACAGCCAAGGCGUGAGGGUAUACAACGGCAAGAAGUGUGCCAGCACCACGAGGUAUAACGACGGGCACAGAGGAUCGUGUGGCUGCGGGCCUUCCAACAGUGACACUCCUUUCGACUGGAACUUGUCCAAAUACGUGACCGCCCCCAACCAGAUGUACUACGACAACGGCGGAUAUAGUUCUUGGUGUGGCAGGAAUUGUGGGAAAUGUGUCAAGCUUACUCCCACCGGUUCGUUUUUCGUUUGUUGAUUAUUUUAACACCUUCACUG